UUUUUCUGCAAAUCCAUGUGCUUCAGUUUGCUGUCUUCUUUCAAAGACAUCACAUCUCGCUCUCUGAUCGUCCACACAGACCACGCAAAUAAUUGCUUCACACUCACAUAUAACAGAAUCUCAACACCAUUUGGAGGCUCAUUUUUGCCAUCAGAAUCCUGUUAUUUCCUCUCACCAUCUUCUCGGUUCUGUAGUCUCAUGUUAAUGAACAUCAGACAUUGUGUUAGGCCAAAUCACAUUAUGAAGUACAUUCUUGUGACAGGCGGUGUGAUUAGUGGUCUUGGUAAAGGGGUCAUUGCCAGCAGCAUCGGAACUCUGUUGAAGGCAUGCAAUAUAAAAGUGACAUCGAUUAAGAUUGAUCCUUACAUUAACAUUGAUGCCGGAACUUUCUCUCCUUAUGAACACGGUGAAGUGUUUGUCUUGGACGAUGGCGGUGAGGUUGAUCUUGACUUGGGCAACUAUGAACGAUUCCUCAACAUCACCCUUCACAGGGACAACAACAUAACGACUGGAAAGAUAUACCAGCAAGUUAUAAACAGAGAACGCACUGGAGAUUAUUUAGGGAAAACUGUGCAAGUUGUCCCCCACAUAACAGAUGCCAUCCAAGAAUGGGUUGAAAGAGUUGCCAAAAUUCCUGUCAGUGAAGACAAAGCAGAACCUGAUGUUUGUAUUAUCGAGCUUGGUGGAACCAUUGGUGACAUUGAAGGUAUGCCAUUUGUUGAAGCUUUCCGCCAGUUCCAGUUCCGAGUGAAAAGAGAGAACUUCUGCAGUGUCCAUGUCAGUUUGAUUCCACAGCCUCAUGCUACAGGAGAACAGAAAACCAAGCCAACCCAGGCCAGUGUCAGGGAACUUCGUGGACUAGGACUGUCCCCAGAUUUGAUUGUUUGCCGAAGUGAAAGGAAGAUCCCUGCUUCCGUCCGUGAAAAAAUUUCCUUAUUUUGCCAUGUUCUACCAGACCAGGUAAUCGGUGUACAUGAUGUGACUUCUGUCUAUCGAGUGCCUCUCUUGUUACAAGAAGAAAAAGUGGUGGAGUUCUUUCAGAAGCGCUUAAAUCUAGAAAUGCCACAAUGUCAACACAAGUAUCUGUUGUCAAACUGGAGGAAUUUGGCUGACAGGUAUGACCGUUUAUUGAAGGACGUCACCAUAGCUUUGGUUGGUAAAUACACACAACUAGAAGACGCUUACGCUUCGGUCAUAAAAGCCUUGAAGCAUUCUUCCCUUGCUGUCAACCAUCGUCUCAAUUUAAGGUACAUAGAAGCAGAUGAUCUGGAACUGGAGACCCAGAAAGAGAAUCCAAGUAAAUAUCAUGAGGCUUGGCACCAAUUGGUUGGAUCCAAUGGAAUUCUAGUCCCUGGAGGCUUUGGCAUCCGUGGAACAAAUGGCAAAAUCCAGGCCGCUAAAUGGGCUCGAACGAACAAAAUUCCAUAUUUGGGAAUUUGUCUCGGCCUGCAGUGUGCUGUUGUUGAAUUUGCUCGCAAUGUUCUUGGAAUGGAAGAUGCCAGUUCUACUGAAUUUAACCCUGACACAACAUCCCCUGUGGUUAUUGAAAUGCCGGAGCACAAUCCUGGUAAAUUAGGAGGAACAAUGCGACUGGGGAAAAGGAAAACGAUCUUCAGAAGCAAUAAAUCAAUCACAAAGAAAUUAUAUGGAGAUGUUGAUUUUGUUGAAGAACGUCACCGGCAUCGCUAUGAAGUUAACCCAGAUUACGUUGAAGAAUUAGAGAAACAUGGAAUGAUGUUCUGGGGUCGGAGCGAAGAUGGAAAGAGAAUGGAAGUAAUGGAACUGGAAGAUCAUCCAUACUAUGUGGCGGUGCAGUACCAUCCCGAGUACAUCUCGCGUCCUCUGAAACCAUCACCUCCCUAUCUCGGUCUGUUGCUAGCGGCGACGGGCAAGCUGAAGAACUUCUGUAAACACGGCAACCUGUUGUCUUCGCAGAUGUCUUACGCCGAUGAAUUCGAAGAUGAACUGUGCGAGUCUGUGAGGGGGAAAAUUAACAUGAAACAGAAUGGAAUCAUCAGAGGGAAUGGAAUUAUCAAAGAAAAUGGUAUUAUCAAAGAGAAUGGAAUCCCGACAGAGAAUGGAAUUAUCAAAGAGAAUGGAAUUUUAACAAAUGGUGCUAUGAAUGGUUGGACUGACAGUGAAUUAUAAUAACAAUAAUAUUAAUAAUAAUAAUGUUAAUAAUAAUAAUUAAUAAUAAUUCUGUUUUUAUAUAAACCUGUAUAUAUGUAUAUUCUUCCUUUUGAAAAUUAUUUUUAUCCCAAGGUGAGAAACUGGCAGAACCCUUAGAAUGUGAGAUAAAUGCCUUGUGGCAUAAUUUUUGGCUCUUUGAAAUUUGCGAGUUGAAAUUCUGUUGAGGACAGCUCCACCUUUCAUCGUUAAGGGGGUUGACAAAGUUAGUACCAGUUGGGUACUGUAAUUGACUGCCCCCCCUCCUCCUUCCCAACCCCCCUUUCCAUCAAAAUUCCAGGUCCUCUGCCUAUGGUGGAAAGAAUUUCUAUUAUUAUUAUUAUUAUUGGCACUGAUGGAGAGUGGGGGGUAGAGGUGCCUCUCAGGGAAGGAGGAAGAGGAAAGAAAAGUGUAAGAGGAAGGGAGCGGUAAAUGUUUUUUUGUUUUUUUAAUUUUGUAAGUACUGGUAAUGUGCUUGGGUGGCUCCAAUCAACUUCCCCCACCCCUCCCUCUUCAUCUCUCCUCCCUUCUAACCCCUUUUAACAAUUUAGCCUGCUUUUGCUAAAUGAAUUAAUUAAUUAAUCACAGUUGUUAUUAACCCA